GUGUAUGGAGGGUCCAGGUCAUCCCACCCCGACUCAGAGCUACUCCAUCGGCAAACCUAUGGCACCCCCCACCCCCUCCAGGGCUAUGCCACCAACCACCACCCAGGAAGCUCCAGACAGGGGGGGGGCUGGGGGGCGGCUGGACGUACGCUGGGCCUGUCCGGCUUCUUUGAUGCCAGCCUCCACCAUGCCAGCACUUCGGGUCCAGACCCCUCUGUCAUGAAUCUAAUUUCAGCUCUGGAGUCACGGGGCCCACAGCCGCCCCCCUCUGCCUCCUCCCUCCUUUCUCAGUUUCGCACUCCUUCUUGGCAGACUGCAAUGCAUACGCCGGCCCCGGCGGAGCUCUUUAUCUCAGGGGCCCUUCCUAGUUCCAGCUCCUUCACCCCCUCCUCUGCCCUCUCUGCUUACCAACAUCCUGGCUCCUUCUCCACGCGACCCUUCACCCCCUCACUGUCCCUGCAGGACACACCUUCAUUUAGCCCCUCCUCCAACAGUUUGUUAUCCCCCCAUGAUCCCCUGCUGCACAUCAAAACACCCUCCCAGACCAGCUUGGGCUUUGAUCGUUUGCUGUCUUCCCAGAGUUCCACGUAUCGAGGGUCCCAGGAGGUCCUGGUACCUUCUCAGACCCAGGCCCCUCCCACCUCCUCCAGUUGCCACCUGCCAUCUCCCCAGUUCAACCUGUUGUCCUCUCAGCUCCACAGCCAGUCCUCCCAGCUCUAUAACUCCUCCAUGUUCUCUUCCACUCCAGCUCUGCUUCCCACAGCCCCCCCCCUGACUGAGCCUUCUCAAGAGAGGCCAGUUUCCCGGCAGGACAGUGUGAUCAAGCAUUACCAGCGCUCCUCCCCAUCCCAGUCCACAGCAGAGCAAUAUGCCAGCUUUGGGGGGUCAUCCAGCUACCAGCAGAUAGCCAGCCACCACCGGCACACUGGAGUGUCCUGCAGUCCUGGGGGGGAGCAGAGCCCUUCCUCCAACCCCAAGCCUUCACCGCGGCUGGAGUCCAACACGUAUCGACCUACGAUCCAAACCCCCUACCCAUCCUCCAGCUCCUCAACCCCCUCCUCUGUCACUAAGGAAGCCAAGAGUUCCAGCUCCAACAGUGGCUACUCCUCUUCAGUCUCAGGAUCCUCCACCUCCCGGCCCUCACAUACUCCACCGUCAGCCCCUCCCACUUCUUCUGGGUCUACUUCUAGCUCCAAGACGAGCACUGGCUCCUUGUCUUCUUCCUCUUGUCAGCAGCCCCCACUUCAAUCAGCUCCGGCACCCGCCCCUCUACCAUUGGUAUCAUCCAACCUUGUUCAACAGCCAGCAUCUAAACAAAGCCUCUCCACCUAUGGUUCUCCACCUGGUGCCAAAUCCAGCACGGGCCUACCGGAUCAUACCACUUCCCAACAUGCCCAGGCCUACUCUCCUAACCAGCCUUCAUCCGCACAUAUGGCCCAUUCUUUUGGUGGCUUUACCUCACCUCUUGCCCAGGACCUGAGCUCUGGAGCAGGGGGAUCUGGAGGGAAGGCUUUCACUGGUAUUGGUUCAGGAGGACGUUCCUUUUCAGCAGAGAUAGUCUUUGGGGACUCAAGCUUUGGUCCAACGUCUCUAAGAAGAGCCGGCAGUCCUUCCUUGGGGUAUGGCACUGCUGGCGGGUCAAGUGGAACCGUAUCAGGCAGUGGUGUUGGAUCUGAAUCAGGGAGCAGGGCUGCUAUUGCUGGUAAUGGCGGCAACAACUCCUACCACCUACCAGAGUCCAUUCCAUCACCCUCCAUCAGUUCCACCACCAGUCGCCCUGGAUUGCACUCUCCUGCUACUGCUCGCCCUGCACAGUCCCCUGGGGGCUUAGGGACUACUAAAUAUAUGUCCUCCAUUCUCUCGCCUAAUUUUAUGUCCUCAUCACAAGGUUUCCCGGACACACACCUAGCGCAGAACCAGUCCUACCACACAACAACCCCCAAGCCAAAAACAGAAACCAACAUGCUGGUUGUUGAUAGAUCCCAAGAUGGGGAAGAAAAUGAUGAGGAUUUCCUUAUCCAUCAUCUACUACAUGCACAGAACUCAACUCCCCAUCCGUCCCAGCAUCACCCACCUCCUCAGCAGCUGCCCCAGACUCUCCCACAGGCUAGGGAAGGGGAAGGCAAGGGGGUGACUUAUGAUAUCAACAAGAUAUCUGAAGAGCGCUACCACCUUCACAGUGUCAUUCGUACCAACACCAUGCCCAGCAGUUCAGGUCCGGGAACAUCAAUUAGUGAGGCAGGCAGUGGCAUUAACAGUCAUUUGGAAAUAUCACGGAAGAAACAGCAACAGGUCAAAUCAGAGAUGAUUACCACAAAGUCCGGUCCUGAAGGGCUGACCGACCCUCUCUCCCACUCUCACACUACCAACCCCCAUCACCAGCUUGACUCCUUGGGGUCUGUUGCCCUUUAUGGAAGAGGGCACCCUUACACCCAUCACACCUCACAUGUGUCCUCACAUUCUCAGCAUCCCCAGAUCUCCCAGCACCCCCGGCACUCUCAGCACACACAGCACUCUCAACACACUCAGCACAGCCUUCCUCAUCCCCUCUCCCACAGCCAGCCUCACAUGGAGCUGAAGAAGUCCUCAGAGGCCAAUGACAAUGCCUACUUGUGUAACACACCAGAUCUGCAGCGGGCUCGACAAAGCCAGGUCCCCCUCUCUCUGAUAGAUUCCCCAACAGACCCUGCCCAGCCUCCUCACAUGAUGCAGUCUGUCCUUUCUCACACCACCCACACUAAGAUGGCCCCCCAGCAAGCUCCAUCACAGCAAGCUCUGCUGGGAUCAAUAGGAGGAGCAGGGCCUACCCGGGGGGAUUCCCACCCUCAGGACCAGUCCUCACAGCUCCAGAUCCAGCUCCAGGCCCAGGCUAUGGAAACCCACUACAGCCUUGGAGGCCAGCCAAGAGAUCAAACACAAGCCAGUCAGAACUCAGUGUCUUCGCUAAAAAUGUUGGACCAAUCUCUUUCUGGGAUUAACAGCAGAGGCAGUGGAGGAGCUCUGGACAGAACAGGGGUCAGAGGGGCUGGAGGGGAGGGAGGGGGUGGAGUCAGGCAUAGACAGCAACACAGAAUUACUCCCCACAACCUUCCUCAACAAACAGCCUCCGAUCUCCAUGACUUCCUCUCUGAACCAGAUUUGAGCUUGCCCACCCCUUCUAACCUGCACCACCUCAACCAGUCUGAGGCCCAUGUCCACCCCCAUGCCCACCAUCAACAGCAGGCACACACUGACCAUCAGCUGGCACUCUCCCAAUUAGCUCUCCCACACUCUCACCGAAUGGCUACCAACAUGGGAACUCCUCAACAACAGCAUCAGCCCCAACAAAGGGACGCUGAAACUCUGUCUCACUCCCAGUUGGACCAGCUGAAACAGCACCAGUUUGACAGUGCCAGCCCAGUGAGAAAAGCAGGACAGAGUCAAGUUCAGCAGCAGCAGCAGCAGCAACAGCAGCAGCAACAGCAGCAGCAGCAGCAGCAGCAGCAGCAGCAGCAGCAUCGCUUUGGGCCUCUAACAUCCAUCUGCUUUCCAGAUUCUCUCCUACACGACGAAGACCGCUCUUUCUUUCCUGAGAUGGAAGACAUGUUUUGUUCAGCUGAAUACAAGUCGAGUUGUGCUGAGGAUUCUGGGGCCGGACAGACUGCUCAGGAGAGCUUGGCCCAGGGCCAUGGGCAGGGGCAAGAGGAGAGCUUAAAAUCAGGAGCUGCUGGAGAGGGCUAUGGGAUGCUUGGUCACCACAGUGAUCAAGGGUAUGGACAGUAUUGCCAAAGCCAUCCAGGAACAGGAAAUGGCAACCUACACUUAGACCUUGACUCUAUGAAGUCACAUGAGCUUCCCUCCACUGUGAAUACUGACCAGCUCGGCCUUAUCCAAUCCCAAACCCCCACUAUGGGGCUGAGUUCAGCAGUACAAGGGGAUGGCUCAGAGAACAAGAUGCUCUGUGCUGUGGGAGUGGGUGGAAAUUCAAUGACUCCUGGUCUUACCUCACCUAUAUUUUGUUCCUCUCGACCCAAGAAACUGCUGAAGACAAGCUCAUUCCACUUGCUCAAACAGCGGCGUGAUCCCCAACCUCUAACAAAGAAAAACUAUGCGCAGGAGUACGAGUUUGAGGAUGAUGAGGAUAAGGCUGAUGGUCCUGCUGAUAUUCGCCUGAACAGUCGUCGCCUUCCUAACCUGCUGCCUGACUUGGUGUCUAGUUGUAGGAAGGCUGGUGGCUCAUCAGAAGUAAGUGGGCUUAGUCCAAUGAUGGGUGACAUAGACUUCUGCCACCCUUCCAACUACUCUUCCCUAGCACACCCUCCACAACUCCUCCCCCACGAAGGCCCAAAAAAAAGAGGCAGGAAACCCACUAAACCAAAACGUGAAGGCCCUCCCCGUCCACGAGGUAGACCACGCAUACGUCCACUUCCUGAGCCUCCCUACUGCAGGGGGCUGAUGGGAACAGUGGGUGGAGAAGGCAAGAGGGGUAGAGGACGGGGUCGAGGCCGUGGCAGGAAGGAGGAAGGGAGUGUUGAAAUGCAUCACAAUAUGAACAAAGCACAAAGCCUUCCAUAUCAGCAGCAGCACUUCAGUCAGCAGCAGAAUGUCCAGCAGCAUCCACAGCAACACCACAGACAGCAGGCAGACCUCCACCAAGCUCCACAACCACCGCAUCAACUGCAUCAUCAGCAGCAGCAUGUCUCCUGUCCUAUCCAACAACCGCAUCAGCAACAGCACCAUCAUCUUCCACAGCAGCCCCCCCAACAGCCACAGCAAGCUCCAAUCACACCUAUCAAGAUCAAACUGCCCGUCCCCACCCUUUCUCCAUCAGAAUCAUUGUUAAGGACAGACUCAUUGACCAGUGCUGAACCGGUUCUGUCCGACGGGUCGGUGGGGUCUGCUCCCUCUCUGGGCCUGAGUCCUGGACCCAGCUCCGCCAUGGACAUCAACAGGAGUGAGGUGAACCUGACUCCAGAGGAGGUGAUGAAGAAUCAGCAUAAAGCUGUCGAGUUGACGUGGAAGAAAGAAAUUGAGGAUCCACUGAAUCCUGAAUCCUGGGAUGCUGUACAGAAGCUCUCCAGUUCA